AAAGUGUAAAAAUAAAAUAAAAUUCCAUUAUUAAAUCCAAACCUCCCCCGGGACAGACAGGCAGAAUGCCCUGUUCGUCUUCUUCUCUCCUUGCCACUCUCUUCCAAUCCCCAUUUCUCUCCUGUAAACAAAACCCUCCCUUUCCUUCCUAAACCUUCAAAAAAUAAAAUAUAAAUAAGAAGACUGGACAUGUACUUGUCAGAUAAGCCUCGCCCUCUCGAUUUCUACAAAGAAGAAGUAGGACCAUCGUCUUCUAGAGACAACAUGAUUAUCGAAGUUGUCUCUUCCAACGGCGAUUUGCCACCUCUUCAUCUUCACCCCAUCACCGCUGCUACCAACCCACACCAGAUGAUUCUCGGCGAAAGCAGCGGCGAUGACAACCACGAAGUCAAAGCACCCAAGAAGCGAGCUGAGACUUGGGUUCAAGACGAAACCCGAAGUCUGAUCGCGUUUCGCAGAGAAAUGGAUGGUCUCUUCAAUACUUCCAAGUCAAAUAAGCACCUGUGGGAGCAAAUUUCUACUAAAAUGAGGGAGAAAGGCUUCGAUCGAUCGCCGACUAUGUGCACCGACAAGUGGAGGAACUUGUUGAAAGAGUUCAAGAAGGCGAAGCACCAAGAUAGGGGAAGUGGGUCUGCUAAAAUGUCGUAUUACAAGGAGAUUGAUGAGAUUUUGAGGGGAAGGAAUAAGAAUUCUCAGUAUAAGUGCCCUACUCCGAAAGUUGAUUCUUACAUGCAAUUUUCUGAUAAAGGCUUUGAAGAUACAAGCAUAUCAUUUGGACCAGUGGAAGCCAGUGCCAGGCCAACACUCAAUUUGGAAAGACGUCUGGAUCAUGAUGGACAUCCCCUUGCCAUCGCCGCGGCUGAUGCAGUUGCAGCAAGUGGAGUUCCUCCUUGGAAUUGGAGGGAGACCCCUGGGAAUGGUGCUGAGAGUCAAUCAUUUGGUGGGAGGGUGAUAUCAGUCAAAUCUGGGGACUACACAAGAAGGAUUGGCAUUGAUGGCACCACAGAUGCCAUUAGGGAGGCGAUCAAGUCUGCUUUCAGAUUGAGAACUAAGCGAGCAUUCUGGUUGGAGGAUGAAGACCAGAUAAUUCGUGCUCUUGACAGGGAAAUGCCUUUGGGGAAUUACACUCUUCACCUUGAUGAAGGGCUAGCUAUCAAAGUUUGUCUGUAUGAUCAGUCAGACCACAUGCCAGUGCACACUGAAGAGAAAAUCUUCUAUACUGAAGAUGACUACCGUGAUUUUCUUUCUCGCCGGGGCUGGACUUGUCUGAGAGAGUUUGAUGGCUAUAGAAACAUUGAUAGUAUGGAUGAUCUUCAGCAUGAUGCUAUAUACCGGGGCGUGAGUUGAAGCAUCUCAUACCUGCUACUUCUCUGUAAUUGCUCACAUUGCCACCAUAAAGUCGCAGUUAUGCCAUAGCCGGGGAACUGUAUUACACAAUUGUACAGCAUGCUGUAAUUUUGUUGAAUGGUAGGAGACUAGAUCAAGUUCCUCUUAAUCCAUGGACAUCCAGUGUUUGUAAAUAUGUAUUUUCAUUGACAAAAAAUUAUCAUUUAUUUCACUGACAUCAGAUUUUACCGUCUUUUUUAA